AUUUUAGGAACCUUGAACGAUUUAUUGUGUGACCACAGAAAAAGACCUUCAAAAACAAACAUGUCUGCGCACGGAGGAGUGUGCUCACGAUUAUAACGGGUGAUUUCAGGUUAUUUUAUUAGGUUUCCAGAAAGAAUGUCUACCCCAGGGAAAGGAGCAACGAAGAAAGAAAAAAAGAAACCCAUACCAGUGAAAACUUCACUGAAUAGCCCAUACAGCACUCACUGGAGUCCACUGGAAAGAGAACACAAGCAUUUCAUACUGAACACACUUAAAGGCAAACUAUCCGCUGUCGGGCUUCAGAAACAACGAAGCAGAGGGAGGUCAAGAAAAAAGGGAUCAAAACCCACUGAGGACCAGAAACCCGCUCCUGACCCGGCAGGGAGAGUACAGACCCCCUCUAAGCCCACCGAGCCGUGCUGGACCAACCCGGCCGUGAGGAAACAGCUGGCCGUCGGCAUCAACGAGGUCACCAAAGGCCUGGAGAGGAAUGAACUGAGUUUGGUGCUCGUGUGUAAUUCAGUAAGGCCAGCACACAUGACGUGCCAUUUAAUCCCGCUGAGUAAAACGAGGUCGGUGCCCGCGUGUCAGGUGCCCAGUCUGAGCGAGAGUCUCGCGGGGCUGCUGGGUCUCAAGUGCGUCCUGGCGCUGGGAUUCAGACGCGGCGCCGAGGUGUUCGAGGAAGUGGUCCGCGCGAUCACACCCGUGGUCCCGCCGCUCAGAGUGGCUUGGAUUCCGACGGAUUCAACAGCGAAAGCCGAGGAAAAGCUGGCCGACACGUUAAAGGGGCAGAAGAGGAAAUUAGAAGACAUGUCGGAUGAAGCCACUGGCGCUUCGCCUUUAAACCUCCAGCCACUGAAAGUGAAGAAAAUCAUCCCGAAUCCUACGAAAAUCAAAAAACCCAAAAAGAAAGGAAAGCAAAAGUGCUUAUCAAGUGUUUAACAUGUGUUCUAUGAAUGCAGGUUACUAUAUAGUGUGUUUGGACAGAUGUGUGUAUUGUUUAGUAUUUUCAUAGGUUAAUCUGAUGGACAUGAAGAGGAAAAGGACCGAGAGGAAUUAUGUUUUGUAUCUUGGAUGCUUUUAUUCAGUCAAAUAUCCAUGCUGGUAUACCUUGGAUGUAUAUUUUUGACAAUCAGAUAUUUGGGCGGACUCUGUCAUGUUUGACAUAUGGUGCUGGUACUUAUUCCCAUCAGUUCCAACCUGCAGUGGAGUUCAAUAAAAAUACUGUCUUGAGAAA